AUGGCGUCCAACGGCAACCCAAUCAGAAAGAUCCGGCUGGUGCGCAUCGCACAUAUCUGGUACAAGCACGCAAACGUCGAGCCAGUCAAGGAGUUCGCCCAAGACUUUGGCUUCGUACAGACAGCCCAGGUGGGCAAGACGACCUUCUUCCGCGGCUAUGGCACCGAGCCCUUCUCCCUUGCCCUAGAGGCCUCGGACAAGACCGAGUUCGGCGGCGCCGCCUUUGUCGUCGAGUCAGAAGAAGAUCUGGAGUAUGCAUCCAAGAACCUGCCAGCGGAAUGCAAGGCUACAGAGUUGCACGAGAUGACGGACGUUCCGGGUGGCGGCAAGCGCGUGACUUUCUAUGACCCUGUCGACGGGUUUCCGUUCCAUCUCGUCUACGGCCAAACACCGGUUGCGUUGGAGGAACCUGAUUUCCCCAUCCUCAAGUUCAACUACCCAGUCGAAAAGAACCGAGGCCCCAACCAGUUCCAGCGCUUCAAGAAGCGGCCGGCGCCCAUCCACAAGCUGGGCCAUUUCGGCAUGUGCGUGACCAACUUUGCCAAGUGCUACGAGUUCUACACGACAUACUUUAACUUCUUCCCUAGCGACCUUGUCCACAACGACGAGGGAGUCAACGUCACGGUCUUCUUCCGUCUCGACCGCGGCAGCGAACUGGUCGACCACCACUGCUUCUUCUUCUUUGAGGGCCCCAAGAUGCAUGUCCACCAUUCAUCGUUCGAGACGCACGACUUCGAUGCGCAGCUGCUCGGCCAUGACUGGCUCCGGCACAAGGGUCACAAGAACUGCUGGGGUGUGGGACGGCACGUUAUGGGCAGCCAGAUCUUUGAUUAUUGGUUUGAUCCGUCUGGCUUCAUCAUGGAACACUAUGUGGACGGCGACCUGCUUGAUAUGAACGAGCCGACCCACCACCACAAGGCUUCGCUGGAUAACCUACAUGUUUGGGGCCCCGAAGUUCCGCUUUCCUUCUUGGAUUGA